AUGAUGUGCAUGGAAAAAUGCGAGCGGCAAACCUUGCAGAGCGAAGCAAACCAGCGUAAAGGAGUGAUGGAUGAAUCAAUAAAUAUGCAACACCUUGGCAUAUCGAAAAAAACUAUAAUAUCUUCUAGUUUUAAAAGACGAAGCACCCUUUUGUUAUUGAUACCCAUGAACGUUGCUAGCUAUUGCACCGGCUUACAUUAUUAUAAUUUGAUAAUACGUCGUUACCGUUUUAUCUACAGCUCGUAA